AUGUCUCCUUCAUUCAUUCCCGCGUGCAGGCGGGCCCCCAAGGCCCCUGGGCCCGAUCUGGAAUGGCUGUAUGACUUUGUGGCUGGAAGGGGCAGCAGACCUCAGCAUGGGCACACCACGGCACUGGACAGAGUGCGGGCCGACUUCCUGGAGGAGCUGCGGGACGCCCUGGACGUCGCUGUGCUUGGGCCCGCACUGGACCCCGCCCACAUGUGCGGCCUGACGCUGCCCGAGGAGUUUGAGGGGGAGGAGCGCUCCCGGCCCGAGGCCUCCCCCGACCUCCUGCACAUCGUGCACGGCAGGCACCUGCUGGGCCGCGUCAUCCAUAACUCAAGUCCCCUGCUCAGCCAGCAGGCGUCGGUGGACCGGGUGGAGGGCGGGACGAUGGGGCUCCUGGGUGAGGCGCCCCAGGCAUCGCUCGAUCUGCCAUCGGGCGCCAGCAACGGCGGCAUCGAGACUUUGGGCAGGAGUGCUGUCUCAGCCUCUGGUCCCGCCGACGAGUCCCUGGCCAAGCCCCACCCUGUGCCAGGAACCACACUGGUUAGGCUGCAAUACGUUGGCGCCAGCGGGGCAGAGGUGGCGAGUGGGACCCGGACCACAGGCUCAGACGGGCGGUGGGUGCUGGAAGUGCGGGGCCGCGGGGGCCAGACCCUGGGUCGAAUGGAGGCGCAGCGUGCCUGGCUGCCGUCUUCGCGCCUAUGGCUCUUCCGGCCCCGCCUGGACACCCACGCCUGCGGCGGCUGGAGCUUCCGCCUGAGCCCGCACGCCGCUCGGCACGGGGUCCAUGCCCACCUGCUCAUCCUCCUCGCGGCCUUUGAGUCGCUGGAUGCUGAGCUGGCAGAGCGGCAGCCGUCGUGGGGGCAGGCCGCAAAGCAGCGGCUGUUGGCGCUCAUGAAGUAG